GGAGGUGCCGACCCCAUGGCUGGAGGCGCUGGGGAAGCCUGGGGACAUCGGGGGGCCCCGAGAUGCCCAGGACCCCCUCGGGGCUGUCUCCCCGCGGGGAGCGGCGGUGCCGCCCCGCGAUGCCGCGGCCGGGCCGGAUCGGGCUCCGCGCUCCCCACAGGGGUGACUCCGGUCCCGAGGGCCCCUCACGCCCCCCGCCCCCGCAGCCUCUCGGCGCGGCCCCGCUCCCCGCUCCCCCCGGCCCGGCCCGGCCCGGCCCCGGCCCCGGCCCCGCCGCGCCGCCCCCCGCUGCCGGGCACGGCCGCCCCCGCCCGCCCGCCACGUACGUCUCCCGUCCCGGCUCCUUUCCAUGGUUCCCGGCGUGACUGGAGCCGCCCGCCGCCGCCCCCGCAGCGCGGCGCCGACCGCCGGUGGGAGGAUGCAGCCGCGCGCCGGGGGCUGAGGCGCGGAGCCGUGGGGAGCGGGACCCCCGGCGCCCACCCAUGGUCCCGGCUGGCAGCCCCCCGUGAGGAGGGGCCCGGGCACAGCGCCGAGCCCCCGCCGCCCCCCGCCAUGACCAGCCUGUUCCGCCGCAGCAGCAGCGGCGGCUCCUCCGCCCAGGAGCUCAACAACAGCCGCCCUGCCAGGCAGGUGCGGCGCCUGGAGUUCAACCAGGCCAUGGAGGACUUCAAGACCAUGUUCCCCAGCAUGGACUACGACAUCAUCGAGUGCGUGCUGAGAGCCAACAACGGCGCCGUGGACGCCACCAUCGACCAGCUGCUGCAGAUGAACCUGGACGGCAGCGGCUGCGACGACAGCUCGGACUCGGAGGACAGCAUCCCCCCCGAGAUCUUGGAGCGGACCCUGGAGCCGGACAGCUCGGACGAGGAGCCCCCUCCCGUGUACUCCCCUCCUGCCUACGAGAGCCAGGCCCUGGGCAGCCGCUACCCCCGUGCCCCUCCCACGCCCCCGCCCAGGACGGACGUGCCCGGCCCUGGCAGCACUGGGCACUACAGGAACUGGAACCCGCCGCUCCUGGGCAACCUCCCCGAGGAUUUCCUGCGCAUCCUGCCCCAGCAGACAGCCAGCACACAGGGCUCGCAGGGCUGCCGGCAGUCCGUGCGGGGGCAGGGCUCCCUGGAGCAGGAGCGGCGCUGGAAGCAGUACCUGGAGGACGAGCGCAUCGCCCUCUUCCUGCAGAACGAGGAGUUCAUGAAGGAGCUCCAGAGGAACCGGGAUUUCCUUCUCGCCCUGGAGAGAGAUCGAUUGAAAUAUGAGUCAAAAAAAUCCAAGUCGACCAGUGUUGCUGUCAGCAACGACUUUGGUUUCUCCUCCGUGUUAUCAGGUGACGUGGCUGCCUCUGUCCCCAGCGAGGCCGGCGGGGCCGUGUCUGAUGAUGCCUUAUUCAGAGACAAACUCAAACACAUGGGAAAAUCCACACGCAAGAAGCUGUUUGAACUCGCCAGAGCCUUCUCCGAGAAGACAAAGAUGAGGAAAUCAAAAAGAAAACACUUGUUGAAGCACCAGGUGAUGGGGACAGCGGCUUCCACGGCAAAUCUUCUGGAUGACGUGGAAGGACAUGCAUAUGAUGAAGAUUUCCAAGCACGGCGGCAGCAGCUGCGGGAGGAGGAGGAGCCGAAGGAAGGGCAAUAAACGGUCCCAGCUCUGGGGUUUCUUGCUGGCACAGGACGUGCACGAGGCUUCAUCAGGAGAUGGCUGAAAAAGGAGAAACCCACCCAACAAAUCACCCAGAUUUUGGCUGUUCCCCCUCUGCUGCUGUACUCCUCUGAAGUACAAGUAUCGAAGUGAGGCACAAUGUUUUCUUACCAGUGGUUUGAAAACAACUUUUCCUAUCCAGCAAAUCAGCCAAAAAGGAAAAAACAAAAAGGAAAAAACAAAAGUGGGCAGCUGCUGCGAGCAGAGCCAGCGAGCUCAGGCUGGGGAGGAGCAGCCCCACCUGAGGAGGAGGGAUGAUUCAGUGGUACUAACGAGGAUCCAUUCACACGUGGGGUCUGCUUGGCCAGAGCACUCCUGAACAUAUCUGUAGUGGUCUGAUGUAACUUCACUCUGCGCACACCGGGACAAAAACCACGUGAGAAAGGGAAGCUAACAGCUGUUGUCUAUUAUUGCUAGGAGUAACGAGCAGAGAUUCAGAUCAGGUAAUAGUCAAAUAAUAUAAAUUGUUUAUAAAGGAAAGGCCUUCUUUUCCUAGGCAUUUCACUUUGAAUUAAACCUUUGCCUUCGGCAUUGCUACAACUGCCUUGAAGUUGGGAAGCUUUGUGCUGCUGCAGGGCAGCACCAAGGGCUGGAUUUCACACCAGUUUAACCCUCACUGAUGGAGCAGGACACAUCCCACCAGGUGUGUGGGGUGCUGGGGGUGGUCUUGGAGUCUGGGAGCUGCAGGGAUGCCCCUGCUGUAGGUAAGAGGCAAAGCCCAAGCCAGGGCUUGGCAGGGCUGGGGAGUUUGUGCCAGGGCUUGGGGGCACUGCUGGGUUUGAGGGGCAGGAGCAGAACCCCUUCCUCGUGCCCACAGCACCGGAAUCCUGCAGCUCUCGGAGAUGCUGUCAGGCUAAAAAUAAUUACACAAACAAAUUCCUUCGCUGUGUAAGUACCGAGUGACGAGCGUGAAGUCAGAAUUCCCUCCCGCCAGCACAUUUUCUUCUCUCCUCUCGGCACAGCGCUCCCUGCCAAAUGCAGGAGGUGGCUUAGACGUGCCUGUUCCACUCUCCGGCUCCCGCCAAGCAGCACAAAUGUUGCAGGAUUGGAGCUGUGAAGGCGGCAGACGCAGAAGCCUCAGCCAUCAAACACUCCCGCAAGUGUUUGCCCUGCCUCUCCCCGCAGGGUUUGGUAACAAAAGUCCCCGUUGCAGGCGCUGCCUCCCGGCAGGCUCCUCUCCAAUCCCAACGGAGCCCCAGUGCCUUUGAAGUGGACGCCAAGAUUUCCUCCCCCGCCAGCCCUGCAGCUGCUGCACCUGUUGAGCGCUGCUGUGGCCCCUCCAGCCGUGGUGGGGAGCGGGGGCAUCCCCUGAGCUUCACUUUCUCCUGGUUCCUGGCCAGGGCAGGGCUGCUUCCAGGUGUCUGGGGCUCUGCCUGGUGUCUCCAUAGCACACAGCUCUCCCCCAGCACCAGCGCUCAGACAAGUUCUGGGGUGCCAGGGCAGGAUGCAGUGGGCUGGGAGCACCCUGGGGUGCCAGCGAGCUUUGAGUUCCUAAAAUCAAAGCAGCAGAAUUCCCACCCCACCCAGCCCAUACCAGUUUUGGUGUCCUCUCCUUUGCUUUUGAAGGAUUGAAGAGCAUGUCCUGAGUCGUGGCAGCACAGUGGCUGGUCAGGGUCACCCCAAGGCACACGCAGCCCUGCUCCUGGUGGUGUCAGGAGCUGCUGCAAGGGCACAGGAUGCCCCAGGCUCUGCCCUGCCCAGGAUAGGAUGUGGGUCUGGAGGAGCACCUGGCUCAGCGAGCAAGGGUGAAUCAGGGAACGGAAAAUCCUUUAGUCCCUGGGUGGGACUUCCAUUGUGAGAGUGCUGGAGAGAAGGAGGGGCAGCUUCCCUGCCCUGUGCUGGCCCUGGGGGCCAUAGGAGGCUGCUGUUACUCCUUCCCAGUCCAAAGCAGCUCUGCAUAUUUGGAAGAAAAUCAAACUUGGAAGUGGAUCAGCUUGUCACCGUUCCAGCACCUCUUGGCUACUCAGUCGCAGCGAAGUUUCCAUGAGCGCAGGAAGCACCAACGGGUGGGAAGGGAAUUCUGCUCUCCCAGAGCUGGAGGUGCUGGCAGGAGGGCUGGGCUGGCCCUGCAGGGUUUGGGGACGGGCUGGGGCUGCAGGGAUGGCUUCAGCUUUCCUGGGGAGGCUGGCACAAGGCCACGGGUCACUGCUGGCCCCAGCAGCAUCCAGGGCGAAGGGGGGACACUGUCCCUCCCCUCAGGCUGCUCCUAAAGUGACAUGUCACCUCUGAAACCCAGCCAAGACGUGCUGGAGGAGCAGUCCUGAGCCAGCAAGGAAGGGUGGCCAGGGGCUGUGAAUGGGACAGGGGACAGGUGGGUGCCAGUGCCCAGCACCAAAAGCACUGUGGCCACCACAGGGCCCUGGGCACGGCUUGGCCACCAGCACCACCCCACAAGUUGCCCUUAAACACCCCAGGCCAGGCACAGCCUCUGGGUGAUGUCACUCUGCAGCCGUGUCAAAAUACCUUGGGGGCACAAAGCAUCAUUUUAAUGGAGAUGGAGAGGGGUUGUUUCUGUGUCCUGUAAAAAAUAGAAAGUCAGGUCUAAGGAGUGGAAAGGCCACAAACCCGGCUUGGGAGCCAAAAUGCAUUUCUUACAUAAAAAUGUACAAUUCUCAGUGAUGUUUGUAUCAUUUCUCUACAAAAAGGUUUCAAAAGAACAAAAACAAACUGAUCUGUGAUGUUUGUGAGUGUGGCUAUUUUAGAAUUUAUUUCCAUAAGUGAUUUUUUCUUAAAGAUGUUUAAUAGUAAUUCCUAUAAUAAAGUCCUGUUGUACUCUUAA